CAUUAAUAUCUUUUUGCGUAUGAACACUACAUACUAGUAGUCCCUUUCACUAGUACAUCAUUUGUUAACCAAAUUCAAUCUUAUUUCCCUCUAUAUAUUUCUCCCAAUCCCAAUUCAAAAAGCAUCCAAAACCUCAUUUGAUCCCACACCACCACAGAGUUGUUUGAUUUCGAUCAACAUGGAGAAGGGAAGCAACAACGUGUCGGAGGUGGUUGUGAAGCAAGGGCAAGCAACACUAGUCCCUCCGGCAGAGGAAACAGACAAGGGGCUCUACUUCUUGUCGAACCUGGACCAAAACAUCGCAGUCAUAGUCCGUACAAUCUACUGCUUCAAGUCGGAGGAGAGGGGCAACGAGGACGCUGUCCAGGUGAUCAAGGAUGCGCUCUCGAAGGUGCUCGUGCACUACUACCCGUUGGCAGGCCGCCUCACCCUCAGCCCGGAGAUGAAGCUCAUAGUCAACUGCACGGGCGAAGGGGCUGUUUUCGUUGAAGCUGAAGCAGAAUGUGAGCUCCGUCACCUGGGAGACAUCACCAAGCCUGAUCCUGUAACUCUUGGCAAGCUCGUCUACGACAUCCCUAACGCCGAAAACAUCCUCCAAAUCCCCCCUCUCGUCGCUCAAGUGACUAAGUUCAAAUGUGGAGGAUUUGUGCUAGGGCUCUGCAUGAAUCACUGUAUGUUCGACGGAAUCGGAGCGAUGGAAUUCGUGAAUGCUUGGGGAGAAAUCGCCAGAGGGAAUCAACUCAAGGUGCCUCCAUUCAUGGACAGAUCCAUUCUCAAAGCUAGAAAUCCGCCGAAGCCGGAAUUUCCUCACCACGAAUUUGCAGAAAUUGAAGACGUGUCGAACUCGGCGGAGCUCUACAAGGAGGAGAUGCUCUACCGCUCCUUCUGCUUCGACCAGGAGAAGCUCGAGCAGCUGCGGCGGAUUGCCAUGGAAGGCGGCGAUCUGGAAAAGUGCACCUCCUUCGAGGCGCUCUCGGGUUUCGUGUGGCGAGCGCGGAGCCAGGCGCUGGAUCUGAGCCCCGAUCAGCAGACGAAGCUCCUCUUCGCCGUGGACGGCCGGUCGAGAUUUGAUCCGCCGAUUCCGGAGAGGUACUUCGGAAACGCGAUCGUCCUGACGAACUCGAUCUGCAGGGCGGGGGAUCUGGCCGCGAAUCCGGCGUCGUACGGCGUGAAGCUGGUGCAGGAGGCGGUGAGGAUGGUGAACGACGGAUACAUGCGAUCGGCGGUGGAUUACUUCGAGGCGACGCGGGCGAGGCCGUCGCUGGCGGCGACGCUGCUGAUCACGACGUGGUCGAGGCUGUCGUUCCACACCACCGACUUCGGGUGGGGGGAGCCGGUGCUGUCGGGGCCGGUGGCGCUGCCGGAGAAGGAGGUCAUUCUGUUUCUCUCUCAUGGCAAAGAGAGGAAGACGAUCAAUGUGCUGCUCGGAUUGCCGGCUCCGGCGAUGGAGAAGUUCGAGAAGCUUCUCCAGAUAUGAUUUUAAAUCGUGAUCACAGUUUUUUAGUCGUCGUUAUUCAUCCAUCUUCAUUUGUGUGGCAUUUGUUGUUUGUUGAUUCGGGAAUAUUAUGUAACCAAGUGAAUUAAUGUGUGAAAUUGUUGUUUUUCAAUUAAAUUCUUAUUUAUAUUUCAA